AUGUUCCAUAGCAACUCGCAGGCACUGGUCCACCUGCCUGGGAAAUCCGCUUCCGAUAAUCAUGUCCAAUUUCCCCGCGGGGAGUGUGGUUUCAUUGUGAAGGAAGAUGAAGCAGGCAAAACUACCCGGCAGCGUUGCCCCUGCCGGAGCUUCUUUCCUGCCGACCCCGUGGUGCGUACUCAAUGCGGUUGCGGACACCAGGCUUGGUAUCAUGAGGCCGAAUCGCUCUCUACCGUCACCAUGGAGGAAUAUGCUACCGUGAUCGAGGAGGUGAAACGAUUGAAGAACGAGGUCAAGCGGUUCGAAAAUCUGGAGCAUGAGUUGAAGCAAGAGCUGCACAGAGAAAGAUUGAUGCGCGAGAACUAUUGGCGUACCCAAAAACAGGUCGAGAGGUACAUGUACGAGAAUAUGCGACUGUUGAAGGUUUCCAUGGACGACAAGGUCGAGGCCGUGGUAGAUAAGACGGAGGAAUGCAACGAUCAGAUCAAGGCUGUCCAGGAGCGUUUGACUAUCGUGGACGAGGUGACGAUGGAGUUGGAAAAUAGGCUUGAUCGGUCCGAACACACUGGUUCACUGUCAUCGAGGGAGGCUACACCAGGCGUAAUGACACCAAGAGCGACACCAAAGGUCGCAAGCCCGGUCCCUCCCGUUCCACAACUGCCGCUAUUGAUGCAACCGCAACACUCACUUGGCCCACUGCCCAUCCGAUCAGACAAGAAAUAUCCGUUAUCUUGGAGCGUUCGUGUCAUCUUUGUCCCACGCAAGUCACAGAGAUUCGCCUUCGACCCCGACAGCACGGGUUACCGUCGCUGUGCCACACGGAAACUCCAACACAAUCUCGAUUUCCCAAGCCAGGACAGCUCCUGCUUCGCCAACCGUAUCGAGAAUGCGUUCAAGGGAAUUUUGCGAGGAAGGCCUUGGAUGCCUAUGAUUGGCCACCGACCAGCCGAUGAACCUUAUGGCCGGAUGGCUCUACAGUUACUCCCACCCGACCUCGUCUUGAGAGAUGUCUGGGACUAUCCUUUCCUCGAGGACCACUGCAUCGCUCACGAUAAGAUGCAGGGCGACGUUCUCUACAUCACUCUACAAUACGAGGAUGUCACGUGGAACGAGAUCCGCUUUCUACCCGCCGUUGCAGGCGCGGACGAGUCCUGUUGGAGACCCGACGAAGAGCUUGACGGUGCUGCGAAGUACAAGAGUUUGGAUUCGGAGAUUAUGUACGAUUUCCAGGACCCUCCGCCGACAUACUCUUCACGCACUCACUCUGUCGCGGAUAGGCACUCAACACCGUCCAGACUGGACGUCCUCGCCGACUCGGCUUCAUUGUUAUCCCGUGCCAGCACCGACAGAGGGCCAUCGCGCUCGACGUAUUCACCAACGUCUGCUUCUGAACGCAACAGUCUCCGCAGCUUCACCACCGGUACUGAAGAGACGGACGACGAGCAUCGAGACAAGAAACCCAAACUCCGAUCGAAGCAGUCGAUGCCCAACAUCCACAGCACCCAGCAGCCCAUGUACGUGUCCGGACGCUCAAAGCGAAAGAUGCCCGUUCGAGAGAAGGGCCUCAAAGAACCUCUUCGCUUCAACGUCACAAACGUCGCGAAAUGGCGACCCAACCUCUUGCACCCUCACUCCUCGAAGGGCAAGGAAGCUGUUCAGGAAUCUCACUGA